AUUUUCUUCUAUUUAUGUUAUUCGCACUAACUGCAAGGACGUUGAGAAUUAAACGCUUUAAAUGCAUUAAUGGUCGAUGAACUUAAGUGUUCGUUACUUUUGUAACUUUAGUGGCGACAGGGGGAAUGGAGGAUAACUCUUCUCGGUGUCUUCUGAACUGGUGCAUUGAACAAACCAAAACGUACCCACAUAUUAAUAUCACUGAUUUCACAUCAUCAUGGAAAGAUGGUCUGGCGUUUUGUGCCUUAAUUCACAAACAUUUCCCUGAUCUUAUAGAUUUUUCCAACUUGAAGUCUGAAGAUGCUGUAAAAAAUAUUGAGUUGGCGUUUUUCGUUGCAGAAACAAAAUUGAAUAUACCGGUGCCUACAAGACCACAAGUCAUAGUAUUAGAAAAUGUAGAUAAAAAGAUAAUAUUUGAAUACGUUUCUAAGUUGUAUGGGGCACUAACAAGAAAUUCCUCAGAUCAAUUAGGUUCAGAUAAGCUUCCAGAUAAAAACUUAUCAUAUUUGUGUGAACAGGAGGAGGGACUUCCUAUAUGUGACCUUUGUGGAGAAACUAUAUUUCGUGUCGAGCAGCUGACUGUUUUCAGUAGGAACUACCAUCGUAGUUGUUUUCGUGACAACCAGCUAACUUAUCUCAAAGAGCGGAAUAAAACACUAAAGGAUUCCAACUGUUCUGAUGGUCCACCGCUGACUAAGUUUUUAGAAGCGGAUUCCUUCCCAAUAAGAUUCAGUCCACAAAAAGAAUUGGACACUGUUAGCAAUGGAAAACGUCAACCAACAUGUAAACCUCCAUCUAGACCACCACUUCCUGAUGUUUUGAGCAAUCAUGCGUCUCCUGAACUGAAUAGUGUUUUGAAGAUAAAAGCUAAAAUAACAGCUGAUAUAGAACAGCGCAAAAAUAACUCUAAUUCAAAACCUCAUAACAUCGUUUCUUAUCCUGCUGAUUUAAAUCCGUUCGAAGAUGACUCUCAACAUGAAUGUACCUAUAAGCCUUAUAAUCCAUUUGACGACGAUUUAUCAACCUCAGACUCUGGAGAAAUUAAUAAUGCUUCAGAUUCUGACCACUCCGACAUAUUAAGUAUAUUAAACUCUCCAUCUCUGGUAUCCACGCCUAGUAACCAUAUAAACAACUACAUGGAACAGAGUAAUCCGAAUUUUUCAAUGAAAAAAUUAGUCCCAGAUGAAUCAGCCAAUCUUCCGACUGCUCACUCUUCUAUAUAUGAUUUAUCGAGUUUACUCGCUUAUGGUAGUUUGAAUAAAGCACAGUCCUCUUCACUAAGUAGUGAUGCAAAACAGUCCUCAAAAUCUCUUAAUGGAUCAAAUGCAAAGAUAAGUAGGUCAGUUAACACCAAAGGGCCUGCCCCACCUAUUCCUGUUUUGUGCCGACGUGAUGUCAGACGCGAUCGGCAAAGCGACUUCAUUCCAUACACUGAAUUACACAAACAACUAUAUGAUAUAAAUAAUGAACUUUCCAAUCUGGAACUAUCUGCUCGCAAAAUUCAAACAAGUAUUAGAGAAAUGUCUGAAAACAAUGGAAGCGUCAAGAGACUAUUAAAAAAGUGGCUCCAUACCGUUGAAUUAAAGGAUAAUCUCUUCAAAAAGGAGUCAGAGUUACUUCAAAGGCUCCGUUGUCAAGAGCUAGAGGAUCGUCAUGCUGAUUUAGAAUAUGAACUACGAACGCUAAUGGCCAAACAAGACAUUCUAAAGACUAAAGAAGAAAAAGCUCGUGAAGAAGAGUUAAUUGCUGACUUAUUGUGUGUGGUUGACAAAAGAGCUGAACUUUCAGAAUCUACUGGAGAUUUCAAACCAAAGCAUCGAGCGAGAUCAUCUAGCCGAAAAACCCUCGAAAGUAAAUUCAAACAAAUAUGUCUUAGUUUGCGAAAUCCUAAUCUGUCACGAACGAGUUUAUCAUCCAUUCGGGAUAAAUCGUUGAAAAAAGUACGGAAGUUGAGAGCUUCUACAAUAUCUCGAUUGAAAAACAAGACAAUUCUUCGAUAGAAAUUACUAACUUUUUAAAAACUAUAUAUUCGUAUAGACCCAACUCCUCAUCAAAUGGACUAUCAUCGCACUAAUAGUAUUAUCAUGCAUGGACUUUUAUGCAUCCAGUAUACUCUGAAUUGUUUUUACAAACAAUUUUUAUCUAUUUACUAUUAUUUAUUAUCAAAUUGUUUUUCUUUAUUUCGAAAAUAGAUACUGCAAACAGC